UCGGCAACAGGACAAAUCCCUCCGGUAAGCUGCGAUCUUCAGUCCGACUCUGGUUUUCCUCCUACUCGGUUCUGUACGGAGUCGUUUUCUCUUCUUUUUUUUUUUAGUCAACUUCGCCGUCUUGACACCUUGAAAGACGCCGGGCCGAGCCAUUUAUCGAACCGUUUGUACUUUUGGAUAUUAAGAACCUUUUACCGCCAUUCUUACAAAUUUCGACCCCCUGAGAAUAUUUUCCCACGCCCUUCAAGGCGCGAAGCUCUCCCGACUCGGACUUAUUAAGUGUCGUUUUCUCCUACACCUGCGAAAUAAAUCGAAGGAAUAUAAACCGAGGUCGUCUGAGGAGGGAUGAAACCAAACGACCUGAGGUACAACAGGUUCUAAAUCAGUGCCACGGAGAAGAAAAGACUCGGAAGGCGUAUCGGUCGGAAUUCCUUGACUUCUUGUGAACUUCGACCUGGAGAAUACAGAACAGUUAAUCGUGUUUAAGUGUGUGCAUUUAAAUCAUCGGACCAACAGGAGCAUCGCUAUGAAGAAGCCGAAGAACACGCGGAGAUUCGACGAGACGAGAUGGAGGAAAAGUUGAAAAUCAACCGGAGCGACACACCUGUUCAAUGUCUGGACGGAUGAAACGACUUCUGUUUAAUGAGGAGGACGCAGUGAUACCGUACUAAUGGCUAUGACUCCUCAGAAGAAGAUUGGAGGUCGCAAAAGCCAUACGCUCAUUCAGUCUCCUAUAGUUAAACGCGUCCUGUCCACUCCGGUCACCCUGCAAGGAUGGCUUCAAAAACGUGGCAGUGAUGGUCUUAUGCUCUGGAAAAAGAGGUGGUUCGUCCUUUCCGACUAUUGCCUCUUUUAUUACAAAGACACUGACGAAGAAAAGGUGUUGGGCUCAUUUAUACUUCCUUCGUAUAAAAUAUCACCCUGUUCAAAUGAGGACAAGGUUUACAAAAAGUAUAGUUUCAAGGCUGAGCAUAACAACAUGCGGACGUAUUAUUUUGCUGCUGACAAUGAUGUAUUGAUGGCUCAAUGGGUCAAAGCUUUGACGUUAGCUUCACUUCUCCAAGAAACACCUGGACCUAUGGCGAAGGCGAUUAAUAAUCAAACAGCUGCAGCGAACAGAAUAAAUUCCGAUUCGUACGGUUAUGGAGAUUAUCAGUAUGGCACUUCUGAUGUUGGAAUAGGUACAAAUUCAAAUAGUUCAGACAAUCAACCUUUAUACGCUAACGCCCCACCCAAACCUAAACGGAUGAACGAAGCCCCUUCACCAAAUUGCUCACCGGAACUUCAGACAUUAGAAGAGCGAGAUGCAAGAACUGCAUAUCCUCAAGAAUGGACACAUUCGUAUUAUAAGACACCACAUAUGCCUCCCAUAUCGGCAAUUAAUGUUCAAAAUUUUGAGAAAAGCAUUCCGGAAUCUUACAGUCGUAACCUUUACCACCAAGGCAAUUUGCAGCUCAACAAUGAAACACAUUUAAGAAAUAACAUACAACAGUCAAAUGCAAUCAACCACUAUCAGCAUCUGCAGUACUUUACCUCAAAUCCAAAAGUUCUCAACAACCAUCCUCCUCGACCACACAGUGUUGACUUUUUAGACUAUGAGGCUAAGCAACCGCAACAACCGUCAGCCCAAAAAGAAUCUAAACUCAUCACAUUACCCAGAAGACCGAAAUCUAGUUUAAGCAUUUUAGGUCCUAAAGAAGAAGCAUUUGAUUCUGUUCAUUGGUCAGAAGAAAGUUACGCGAAGAAAAUGAGGCAGUCGUCUAUGUACGUGAGGCCUCAAGUUGACAGUACGCCUCCCGGUAUGAUGAGGAUGCCACCGUCGAAUAAACAAAGGGUUAAUACAAACACUUCAAACCUCGACCGGCCUGGCAGUGACAUCCACCAUGGAUUAAACCCUCAAGAAGGAACAAGAGGACAUGAAGAUAGUGAGAUCGACCCAUUAUUUAAACGUUCAGCAAGUGCACGACUUCCUGAACCCGAUCAACAAUAUCAAGCGAACAUCAAAAAUAUAUCGAACGAUGGCGACAAUAAUGAAAAUUUUGACAGAAAGAAAACUCACCAGAAAGAGGAAUCAAUGAAGAGGCUGUUAGAAUGGAAACAAAGGAUGUUACAAUCGCCUCUGACACAGAAAGUGCCUCCAAAACAGACUGAAUAUACAACUUAUAAUAAAGAGGUCUCUGUCAACCCAGAGAUUUUAACUAAAGGGACAAUGUACAACAGCGAUUCACAAAAUCCAAACAUUUUCUACCAAAAGGGCAUCGAAAUAAUGAAAAAACAAGAUGAAGGAUUGGAAAAGACCAAUACAAGACAGGAUUUUACUAUUGACAAGGGUAUUAUCAAACGGAAUUAUGGAACUUUAUAUAAAGAUCAGAGCAAUAACCAAAUAAACGUUGGAAAAGUAGAAAUGAAAGCAAACUAUCGUGAUUGUGAACUACGUGGCGAAGGGCAGAUGUCGACAGCCAAAGUUGAAAGUGAGACAUUAAACAAGCCUCCAAUUUUCCCGCACAUAACAAGGUGCUACUCGAAUGAUAAAAGAAGCAGCUCAAGUGCGAAUUCAUCGUUUGAUAGCAAUAAGCCGAUAUAUUCUAAUACAAUAAUUGACAAUAAACAAAGCCCUUCGACGUUUGAUUUUCCCAGAGAUAGGAAAGCUGUAAAACCACAACCGUAUAAUUCUAAUACAGAAGAAAAAAGGGGAGUAGUCGAUGAGGAAUGGGGCUUAAAACUGGACGAAUCGCGAGUUAUUAAGGAGUUUUCCUACCAUUACAUUAAAGGCGACAAUCACGAAGGGAUUCCUUGCAACAGAGGGAUUGAAAUGAUGCAGCCAAAUUACAAAACCAGACAUUUACAGACUCAUUCGUCCAAACAGGAAGAAUCCGUUAAAAAACAGGUCGACAUAUUAAAAUCGCCUAUUUUGAAUUUUGAACAAAAACCUAAUAUUAGGUGUGGGGAAGAAGCUAAGCCGAGAGCACCGACAGGCAUUCUAAAAACAUCAAAGCAGAAGAAAGUUCAGAGUAAAUUGGACGAGUCUCAUAAAAUUCAGAACAGAACAGACUGGACGCAAGAAAACUCAGAUGAUUAUAUGAAAAAACAAGUCCUCAGUGAUACUGAAACUCUUUUGUACGAUACUUCCAGUGACGUAGAUGAAAAACGUCCCGUGUGUGUUACACUUAAACAGACCAGUUCGAGCGAUGACGAUAGAGACGAAGAAGUGGCUUCGGUCCUUGCUAAAGAGCACAAGCUGACUGGCCUUUGCCAAACUCCGACUGAAUCCGAAUCGACAAUGAAGCACAUGACAGUGAAUUCAAAAGACGGUGAGAAACGUAUCACAUUUAGUAGACCGUUAAGUUUGCCCGAUUCGAAUUCCACACUUCCGGAGGAAAACUAUAUGCCCAUGACGCCUAGGAGAAGACCGAUGUCCACCACGCCGACCAAAGAGUCAGAUCAAUCCAAUCCUCUGACUUCCCCCCACAGAAUAAGCCUCGAGCACGUAUUAGACGCAGUCGAAGAAUGUCCGUACGUAGAAAUGAACCAGAACGGUAAAGACAAGUCGAAAUCCACAAAAGUGUCUCAGACACCAAAAGACGCUGACUUCGAUCUUGAAAGUUCGACCUACAUCGAUUUAGACACGAGUAAAAAUUUGAACUACGAGUUACACGUCUACAACGAAAUGCAAUCCCAAGAGCCUCUUUACAUGGAAGUCAAAGAUAAAAAUAUGUCUGAAUCUAAUUUUAUAUCUCGUGAAAUUUCAAGCGUGAGCUUUAUAGAGUUGGAAAACAAGGAUGAAGAAUCUUGCGAAGGGCGGGAUGUUUCGGCAAGAACUUCGUUGCCGGAUAUUCUCACGACUGCGCCUUCGUUCAACCACGGUUCUGGCAGAUCGGAUAGUUCUGAUGCUGACGAUGAAGCUUCUAAAGAUUUAGACUCGAUCGACGCCCCGAGACACCCGAGAUUUAGCCUUUCUGACACAUUUAGACCGGCUUCUUACUAUUUAGGAAAUAGCCUAAGCGAAAGGACAAUAAUCGCGAUGAAUUCCGAUAAUCCGGAUUCGUCCGACAGCGAUCUCGUCUCUCCGCCUCCAAUACCGACAAGUUCUCCUCCUUUGGAUGAUUUGGACACGUCCAUAGACUCGACGAUAAACAACAAGAUAUCGCCUGCAGGAUCCAAAGAAAAAUUCGAAACAAAUUUUUGCAGAGAGGCCAAAUGCAAUUAUUCUUGUAAGAAAAGCGACACACCACUCGAUUUGGGAAGUUCAGAAGAGGAAUCUAUUAAAUCAGACAGGACCGAUUUGUUCCUGAAGAGGCGUCCUUUAUCUGCGGACAUUUUAAGUAGCUUUCACGAAUUCAGCGUUUUAGAUACACCUUCUCCUAGAGAAGCCAAAUCCUCUAGCGAUGUUGAAUCUAUCGAAAAUGGAAAAACUAAGUCAAUAUAUCAACAGGAUAAUGAAUUUUAUGACCAACAAGAUCUUAAAAUUAGUAAAUUGAUCGAUAACCAACCGUACUACUGUUCUCAGAAGGAUGAACUUUUCGAAAGAAGUGAUGUUACGAAUAGAAUGUUCAAUGAAGUAAAACGAGAAUGUUUAGAAGCCUCCAACAUGAAAACUUCCGAUUACACGUUAAAAUUAAACGGAUGUAAACCCAUCAACAGUUCCCAUUUAUACAGAUCUUCAAAUAACCAAUUUAAUGCAAAUGUUUCUAAUGAUCAGUCUACUUCAACUGAUGGUUACCAGCAAAAGAAUAACCAUCAAAAUUCUGAUGACAUCAACGAGUAUAUUAUACAUUCCGUUCCGAUAGGUUUUUCUCAAGAUCAACAAAACUCGGCUCCCUACUAUUAUUCCGAUCUAUUGAAAGACCAGAGGAACAAUGCGCACAUGAAAAACUUAAGAACGUCAAAGGAAAAAUUACAAGGUGAAACAUUUUACCCUUCAGAGUUGUACGUGCACGACAGCAAUGGAAAUCCUAUUUCGAGGGAUGGAACAUUCAUGAACAAUGCAGAUGUUACAAUGCCUUUGCAGCAAUCGGAGAGGAUGAAAAUAAACGCGGCGAGGUCUUCAAGCACAACUUAUAAAAGAAACGAGACGAAUUCUGAAAAUAGAAAAAUAAUAGAAAACAAAAAACCGACUCAGGAAGAGAAGUCAUUAGAGCUUCAUAACAGAUCAAGAUCACUCGAAGGACUGAUGGACAGUAAAACGCCCAAUUAUCACAGUCAAAUAGUUCAAAGUCAACAAAUUUUAGUAGGACCUCAAAUUCCAAUGGCGCAAGUCAGUAAAUCAGGGACUUUGAGGAGCAUAAACAAUCAAACGCAAAGGACUGCUGAUUUGUGGGAUGAAGACGCCCUGUGGAGGGAAAAUUUGAGAAAGACGAGCGUGAGGCAUACGAGGUCGCUUGAAGAUCUUGACAAAAAAGUCGAAGUUCCAACCUCCCCUGGGCACAAUCAAACCCGGCCAGAAGCGGUUUAUGUCAACAGUGAUUUUUCUCGAGGUCAGAAUAAUGAAAUCGCCCAUAGGGGUUCCAUCGAUAAAGACAGGGAAAAAAUAAGACAGUGGGAUUUAUUAUCAAGCGCUCCAGCUACACUCAGCACAAGCCACAUAGUCAAUCCUACUGUAUCCGAAUCUAAACCGUUUCUCACGACAAAAACAGCCCACGGAACGGCGAGCGAGCCGAAUUAUAAUCAAACCCCACCCAAAGGUGAACAACGAGCCGUUGCAUCUCCUCAAGCUACAAAUAACCGGCAGCCAGAAAACAAACAGCGGGGUAACUGGCACUUAAAACUAUCAGCCGGAGAGCUCCUAGGGCGUACUCAUGAGGAACUCGUCCUUCUGUUGAUCCAAUUGAGAAGACAACGGGCGGGAGUUUGCAAAUCUAUGGAGAGGUGUCACAGAGAAAUAGAAGCUCAGGCUUGUUUGACUGAUUACGACGCUGCAAAUAGGUUAGAGCAUUUGCAAAGACUGGAAGAAUUGAAAUCAAGACUGCUCGAACUUGAAAAACAGUACGAGAAGGGUAAACCGCUAGUGAAUUUAGUCGAUAACAUGGUCAAGUUGGGUUCGUUGUACCAAUCUGGAUCUCAGACCGUCCCCACUCAAAGGCUGGAAUUCAACCACAAGGUCCAGGAACAAAGAAUCCUAGCUGACGAAAGAAGGGACUGGGAGAGGAUUCGACCAGACCAUCAUGAUCUUCAGGUGAAAGUAGAACAGUUGUACAGGCUGGAUAAAUUGCUUCAAGAAGAAUCCGGGACUUUACAUAGUCUACAAGAAGAUAAAGGAAUUCUUGAAAGAGCUCUCGGAGGUUUAAGAAAUAAACUUCAGGGCGUUCAUGGCAAUAGUGCGGAAACGGAGUGGUACAGAAGACAGCAGAGAUUGCUCGAACGAGAGUUGAGUAGAGUCCGGUCAAUUUUGGCUCUCAACUCAAAGAAACUUGAAGAGACUGUUGCUGAGAACGCUCGUCUAGAACAGGAGUUGGUUGUCAUCAGGCAGAAACUGCAAAUAUCCCGUCGGACUACUGAACCGGGAGGGGCUACGACGGCCGCUUUGGAAUCGGAGCUAUGUCGCGUACAACUCCUCGUUGGCAAUCUGCUGAGGCAGAGGCAAGAGCUUUCUUUACAAGUGCACCAGUUGACAGAAAAAUCCCACUCUCUUAGUCAGCAGAUCUGGCCUUCUCCUAAUUCAGGGCCGAGCAAUAAUUCCAGAAAGAAACAAAGCACUUCCGGCUGGGUGGAAACGGAUUUGGAUGUCGAAGCGACGCCCAAUGGAGAAUCGAAUCCCCAACCAACACGAGAUAUAAAUUACAUAUCUCCGUUGUACGUGAACACGGAUAACGUCGAUAAAAGAUUGCAGCACAUUCCUGAAGUGAGCAACUACCAUGAAGAGUGCUUGGAAGAUAUGUCGUCUUUGACUGCAAGAAGCCCGGAGCUUUAUAGGCAGUAUGAAGCAGAUGAAGAUGGAACCAAAAGGCCCUAUGGUUUAAUGUGGAAAGAAAAACCACAGGAAAUAAAAACUGUUCGGAUUGUUAAAAGGGAAUCGGAAAGAAGACAACGGGAUAGAGAUCGUAGUGGGAAUUUAGGAAUACCAUUAACCAGUAUUAAUACUAAACGAGUAAUACCUGAAGAAGACCUAUGUAAUAAUUCAGUUGAGAAGCUAUCAUCGGAAAGACCUUUGGAUGAAACGAUUUGCUAUAAUGAGACUAACGAUGGUACUCCGCCGACGCCAGGCCCUAGGUCAGAUUCUGUCAAUGCCGUAUGGAAUAUUGUGAGAAAGAAUAAAUUAAAGGGAAAUAUGGUCAGUGGGGUGAAUUCGUUGGACAAAGAAGAAUUCAAUUUAAGCUCAGAUUCUCCACAACUUUCUCCUGUUUACUUGAGCGAAGCUGCAAGAAAGAUUGUGGAAGAAGUGGCCUGGCAGGGCAAGGGCGAAAAACGGCUCGUACCCAAAGAGAAACGAAGACACCACACCGUAUCAGGACCAUCUAUUAUGACACCAAAGAGUGUUUAUUCACAGAGAGGGUCAAGGGAUGAUUUGGAUAUGGAACGCGUUCUAAGACCAAGAUUGACGACGCCCGAUGUUGUAAGGUCGACUUUGAACAGGACAGACCCGAAUUUUACCAAGGAGACAAUAGACAAUAUUUUAGGAGCACCUGGUAAAAUAGUUAUACCCGAACGUUACAUACCAGAAACACAGCCUCAAUUGACAAAAGAAGAAAUACAGAAGAGGUCGAAAAAAGCAGACGCAAUAAGGAAAAUGCUGUGCGAAACGGCAACUGUAUCUCCGAAAGAUGCCGAGGUCAAAGAAAAGACGUCUACUCUGAAGCAUAAAGUUGAAGAGGAAAAGAGAAACAGAGAACAUUUAUUGCAAUUAAGUCAAAUAUUAGCUCAAGAAGUAAUGGAAAAAAGUAAAAUAGUUGCAGGUGUCAAUGCCACAAUACCACCAGAUUAACCCCUUAGUUUGUGCCGAAUGACUUGUCCUUUAUGAAGUACGGGCUCUUGCUUCUUUACCAUUGGAACCCAAUCCAAUAGAGGAAGAGUCAGACUAUGAUGACCUUUCGCCAACCAGCAUGUUGCCCCUUUACCAGCAGAGGGAGAAUUUUUACUCGUAGGACAAAAACUGCUGAAACAUUUCCAACUGGACUGCGAUACGUAGCUACAUAAUUCUAAAAUUAGCCAAGCGAUUAAACAAAUUGCAAAGCCUUCGAAUGCCUUUUUAUAAAUUAUAAAGUUAAAAAAAAAAAAAUAGGAAUAUUUAUUGACAGUACAAUUUGCCCUUUUGUGAUACAUUCGUUAAUCAGAUAAAGGUGGUUUAUUUAUUAUUAUUUUUUAUACAUAUAUUAUGAAGUGCCAUAAGGCAAAUGCAAUUAAAUGUCAGUUUUUUUGUUAACCUACAGACUAAAGGUACAAUUAAUUAGCAAGGAAAUUGAAAAUUAGAAAGUUAUUUAAAAUUUUAGUCUUCUAAAUGCCUUUCCAUAAAAAUAAAAAAAUCUAUUUAUUAACAGUACAAGUAUUUGCUCUUUUUGUGAUAUACCUUAGGUAAUAUGGAAAUAAAUAAAAAACAAUUUAUUUAUUUUAAAAAAAGUGCCAUAAGGCCAGUAAUACAAAUAAAUUAGUACAUUUAUGUGGGUUUUUCUGAUAGGCAAUUUUGUUUUUUUAACAAAGAAACCAAAAUUUUGCAAGCAUAUGUAUAAUAUUAUUAUGUUUCUUAUUUGUGUAAAUGAUUUUGAUUAUAAAUUGCUCUUACGAGUGCUUAAUUACCUGUAAUAAUAGUAAAAAAAUAAAAAUAAGACAUUUUAUAUGAA